GCUAAGAAGAUUGUGCUUGAGGCCCUCAACAAGAAGAAUGUUCUCAACGGUUGUAGCAUUGUCUCUCCCGACGGUGCCACUUCCAAUGAUCCUUCCCUUGUUGUUGUCGCCAAAAACGACAUUGCCACCUUUGAAAUACUCUAAACUCCUAAAUUUGGAUGCGUCUCCGGUCAUGUGCUUGGAGCAUCCGCUAUCGAGAUACCAAGAGGUACUCGAAGCCUUCAAGCACACCUACAAAAAGAUAUCAAGGAGACGGUUUAGGUACCCAUGUAUUGUUGGGUCCUUUUUGGAAGAUAUGAAGGAAGCUAUUAAAAGGAAGUAUUACUACUUUGAUAACAAGCCUGUUUUGGUUCAGCAGUGGAAACCUGAAAAGAAGAUUAAUCUUGAAGAAUUGAUAAAUAUUCCUAUUUGGGUCCUCUUCCCAGACUUGGAUGUUAAGUAUUGGAGCUUGUCUGGAUUAAGUAAACUGGGCAGUUUGAUUCGAAAGCGAGUCAAAAGGGACAAAGCAACUGCUAAGAAGACUAAGUUUGCUUAUGCUAGGAUCCAAAUUGAAGUUAAGAGAGAUGUUACUACAGGAAAUGAUGAAGAAGAGAAAGAAGAAAUUCCCAAACUGGAUAAGCAGGUGGAUGAACAGAGGGUUCCUAAUCAGGGCACCCCAGCUCUUCAUUCAUGGCUGAAAUAUGACCUAGCCUCUAGAUCAUUAGCUGAAUUGAAAGAGAAAAUGUGGAAUGGAAAGAACAGGAAGGACAAAUUGUGGAUUGCUUCGAGUAUAGUAGCCUGCUGCUACUAUGUGUGGAAGGCAAGGAACUCUAAAUUACAUAACAAGAAAGAUGAAACCAGUGCAAGUGUUGUUGAAAACCUGAAGGCUAACCUUGUCAUGGCAGUAGGGCAUAGAGGAGGGCUACUGCAGUGAAUUAAAGUACAGUAGAGUAAUACUAAUGUUGGUAUUAUAUAUUGUAGUAGCAUGUUUCUGCUGUAAUAUUUAACCCUUGGUUUGGAGGCUAGGGGUGUACUAACUGUUUGGAGUUAAUAUAAUGUGCUUUAUUCAAAAAAGUGACUUUUUAAUAAAAAUGGGAAAGGUUU